AUGGAUCUGAAAGGAAUUACUAAUUUAGAAGUAUAUCAAUGCAACUAUAAAUGGAUUAUAAAUAAUUUUAAAUUUUGGGGUUUAAUUAUUAACAACCCUAAAGAAUUAUUAUCUCCUACAUUUACACUCACUACAGGGAAAAAUAAAAAGUCAGUAUGGUGCCUCAAACUAUGUCAAAGUGCUGAUUUUGGAUUAUAUUUAAAACUUGUAUCAAGUGAUGAAGAAAGCGUAUACGCCAAUUUUAAAAUUUCAAUUCUAAAUGACAAAGAUGAAAAAAUCCAUAUAUUUGAAUAUCCUGGAUAUCGAUUUGAACAACCAAGUGCCGCCAAUCCAAAAAUUGGUUAUGGUUGGUGCAAUUUUAAAAUAGAUAAAAACAUAUUAGCACUUAAAAUAUUUUGUCAAGUAAGUGUACUGGGUGACAUUUUACAUCAGCCAAGUAGAAUGCAAUUCAAAGUACCAGAUUGUCAAUUAUCUAAGGAUUUAGGUAUGAUAUUUGAAACUAAAGAGUUUAGCGAUGCCACUUUAUUAGUUGCUGAUGGUAGGGAGUUUCAAGUGCAUACAACUAUCUUAGCAGCUCGAAGUCCUGUAUUCGCUGCAAUGUUCAAACAUGAUAUGGAGGAACGCAAACAAAAUUGUGUAAAAAUAAUUGAUGUUGAUUAUGAAGUAUUGCACGAAGUAUUAAAAUUCAUAUAUACAGGAAAUGCAGAAAAUUUAGAAACCAUGGCGGCUGAAAUUUUAGCAGCAGCUGAAAAAUAUGCCCUAGAAAGAUUGAAGGUAUUGUGCGAGGAAGAGUUAUGCAAAAAUUUAUCUGUAGAAAAUGCAGCGGAAAUGUUAAUAUUGUCAGAUCUUCAUAGAGCUGAUCAAUUAAAAGCUACAUCUAUUAAUUUUAUUAGUACCAGUCCAGAUGUAAUGGAUACUGUGGGAUGGAAACAACUAAUAAAAACACAUCCGAUUUUAAUUUCUAAUGUUUGUAAAACACUUGCAACAGUAAAGUUGCAACAGCAAAACACAUAAUUGAACUAU